AAAAUGGAGCUCACUGGAAGCAGUUAUAAAGGGCCUACUCUAAAUGGCAGGAUGGAAGGAGAAGGGGAGUACACCUUCCCAUCUGAGACCAAGUACAUCGGGGAGAUGAAAGAUGGGAUGUUCCAUGGUGCAGGGGUGCUCCACUUUCCAAAUGGAAGCAAAUACGAGGCCUCCUGGGAGAACGGCAUUGCCACGCAGGGAUCAUUCACCUUUGCUGACGGGCUGCCGUACCAAGAGAAGGAAUGGGAUUACUGCGAUGGCAACGACAGACGCUUCUACACCGAGAGAUGCAAUGGCCUUCGACCAGCAGGUGAAUCCCAGCUUACUGAUCUGCACCCCCCACGUGAAAUUCCUGAAGGCUGUUAUGAUUGUGGAGAUGGUUUUUAUGACGCCGCUACGAGAACUAUCACGUCCUAUGAUGGGACUUUCCUCAGGGAGGCCGAUGACUCGGAACAUGAGUGGAUAUUACGAACCUGUCGAGUGGCAGACGAUACGAUUUCCGACUUCUUCCAAGAAGAGGCUUCCUGUGUGGACCUGAAUGAAGCCGAGUCAAUUGUUGCUACAUAA